UGGCGCAGCCAGACAGCAAGAAGAUUUUCUUUGAGAACCUGUCCGGAGCGGGGAAAGCCAUCGCGGUGCUGACGAGCGGCGGGGAUGCUCAAGGGAUGAAUGCUGCUGUGCGUGCUGUAGUUCGAAUGGGAAUAUAUGUGGGAGCAAAAGUUUACUUCAUUCGUGAGGGGUACCAGGGUAUGGUGGAUGGUGGGGACAACAUAAAAGAAGCCUCAUGGGAAAGUGUUUCGAGCAUGUUACAAGUGGGUGGCACAGUCAUUGGCAGUGCUCGUUGCAAAGAGUUUCGCACCCAUGAGGGGCGGCUGAAGGCAGCUCACAACCUGGUGCAGCGCGGCAUCACCAACCUAUGUGUGAUUGGUGGAGAUGGCAGCUUGACAGGAGCCAACCUCUUCAGGGAGGAGUGGAGUGGACUGCUGGGGGAGCUGGUUGAGCAAGGUUUGAUCGACGCUGAUGCUGCUCAGAGGUAUUCGGCCCUUCACAUCGUCGGGAUGGUUGGCUCCAUUGAUAACGACUUCUGCGGAACUGACAUGACAAUCGGCACUGAUUCAGCCCUGCAUAGAAUUAUUGAGGUGGUGGACGCAAUCAUGACGACUGCACAGAGUCAUCAGAGGACAUUUGUGUUAGAGGUCAUGGGCAGACACUGUGGCUACCUUGCCUUGGUGAGUGCUCUGGCUUGUGGGGCAGACUGGGUGUUGAUCCCUGAGAUGCCCCCUGAGGACGGCUGGGAGGAGAAGAUGUGUCAGAAAUUGUCUGCGACCCGUUCCAGGGGCACAAGGCUGAACAUAAUCAUAGUCGCUGAGGGAGCCAUUGACAGGCAUGGGAAGCCUAUAACCUCUAGUUUUGUCAAGGAUCUUGUCGUCAAAUGCUUGGGUUUCGACACUCGUGUGACAAUCCUCGGUCAUGUUCAGAGAGGAGGGACCCCAUCUGCUUUUGACCGCAUCCUGGCCAGUCGUAUGGGUGUGGAGGCUGUCCUCGCCCUGCUGGAGACCACAGCAAACACACCAGCCUGUGUGGUCUCUCUGAGUGGCAACCAAUCAGUACGUCUACCUCUGAUGGAGUGUGUACAGAUGACUCAAGAGGUUCAGAAGGCCAUGGACGAGAAGAAGUUUGAGGAUGCAGUCAAGCUUCGGGGCAGGAGUUUUGAAAACAACCUGAAGACAUAUAAACUGCUGGCUCAUCGUAAACCGGAAUCCGAAUUGCCAAGCAGCAACUUCAAUGUGGCAAUACUGAAUGUGGGUGCCCCUGCAGCGGGCAUGAAUGCUGCCGUCCGUUCAGCCGUCAGGGUGGGCAUCUCUGAGGGACACAAGAUGUUUGCUGUCAAUGACGGGUUUGAAGGAUUCUACAAAGGACAGAUCAAGGAGAUUAAAUGGGCUGAUGUUGGAGGAUGGACAGGCCAGGGUGGAUCUCUGCUGGGAACUAAACGAACACUUCCUGCAAAGCACAUGGACAAAAUUGCUGAGCAAAUGCGAAAGCACAACAUAAAUGCACUAUUAGUUAUUGGGGGAUUUGAGGCGUUAGAGUGUCUGCUGCAGCUGUAUGAGGCUCGGGCUACCUAUGAGGAGUUUUGCAUCCCGAUGUGUAUGCUGCCUGCCACCAUAAGUAACAAUGUGCCGGGCACUGAUCUUAGUAUUGGGGCAGACACGGCCCUCAAUGCCAUCGUGGAGACCUGCGACCGCAUCAAACAGUCAGCCAGUGGGACCAAGAGGCGUGUGUUCAUCAUUGAGACCAUGGGCGGCUACUGUGGCUACCUGGCCAGUGUAGGAGGCCUGGCUGCUGGGGCUGAUGCUGCUUACAUCUAUGAAGAGCCAUUUGACAUCAGAGACCUGCAGGCCAAUGUUGAACAUUUGACAGAGAAAAUGAAGACCAGCAUACAGAGAGGACUUGUCCUCAGGAAUGAGAACUGUAAUGAGAACUACACAACAGACUUCAUCUACCAGCUGUACUCUGAAGAGGGAAAGGGAGUGUUUGACUGCAGGAAGAAUGUAUUGGGACACAUGCAGCAGGGAGGAGCACCGUCUCCAUUUGACCGUAACUUUGGGACCAAAAUCUCAGCCAAGGCAAUGCAGUGGGUCUCCAAGAAGCUGGUGGAGACGUUCAGACAAGAUGAAGGCCGAGUGUUUGCUAACACUGAGGACUCCUGCUGUCUGCUUGGGAUGCGCCGCAGGGCUCUGGUCUUCCAGCCUGUGGUACAACUCAAGGAGGACACCGACUUUGUCCACAGGAUCCCCAAGGAGCAGUGGUGGUUGAAACUGCGUCCUCUGAUGAAGAUCCUGGCCAAGUACAAGACCAGCUACGAUGUCUCUGACUCCGGACAGCUGGAGCACGUCGUCCGCAACCGGCCCAAGGAGUCGGAUGCCUCUGCAGCCAUGUGAAAAUCCGUGUGAAGGCAAUUACUGUGGCCUGCAAAGCCUGUCAGUAUGUGAGGCAUCAGUCCAUGCAUUGUAAGAGAGCACCAGUAACUGCUUGAGAAGCCUUCUUUUGGUCAUGUACUGUGUUCAUUUUCUCGUCUUUGUCAGUACCUUUGUAUGAUACAGUAAACACCACCCCUCCAUGUUUUGUUUCCGAUUUGACAAACUCAUGUACAGUAUAGCUACUAAGGACUGUAACCAAGCCUCUGUAGUCCAAAUGUCAGACACACGCACGCUCACAUAUACAGUAGCUGCCCUGCACUUAUGACAACCUCUCGUGUGUGUCUUUGUCGCCCUGGAUGUUUGUUGUCACUGUCGUUUAACUUGCACUUUCUCUGUGUCCAAGCCCUGAAGGAGGCUCUAUUCCCAGAGCCAAAUGAAGACUGAGUAGACACUGUACUGUAUCUUCUGUAGAACCAGUGUGUGUAUCUGCCUCGAACCAUGCAAGGUUCAGCAUCAUUAUGUGCUGACUGACGGAUGCAAGACAGUUGUACUGUUUCAAGUCAAUAGCACUGCUUGCAUUACACUGAAAGAGAUAUUUUACUUUUUAACAUUUUGUUUUGCUUGAAAACAUUGAUAUGAUAUUAUGAACUGUAGGCACUGCUGUACUAAGUAGGCAUCUAUUGUAUUACACCAUUAAUUUAAAUGUGUAAGAGACUAAUGUUUCCCACUAAAUAAAAAUCAAACAUGAGAAAUGUACA